UCUCAUUUCGCGACAUUUUGUUGUUGCAGCAUAUGAGCACGGGCGCGCUGGGUAGGUAACAUAGUGUAAUCCCGGGAACCUUAACGCAAAUCGGAGUAGGAACGCUUUCUCACCAUAAUUUCAAGAAUUCAGCACCUCGCUAAAAACGAACAUUAGAUCCGGCAUUUACUGAAAUUGAUAUAGUUUACGAGCAUUUUCUUCAACAAGCUAGUUAGCGAAUUUACUUUAGUUGCACGAAUAUAGUUGCCACCUUUGACCAACAAAAAGCAGAAGUCACAAUCUGCAGUUUGAGGGUUGUUCUGCAGGAAUGUCGCAGAAAGAAAGACCAAAGUUUUAUCGGCAGGAGGUGAACAAGACGAUUUGGGAGGUACCAGAACGCUACCAGACGUUGUCUCCAGUUGGGUCCGGGGCCUAUGGAUCAGUUUGCUCGUCGUAUGAUGAGAAGACAGGUCUGAAGAUCGCAGUGAAGAAGCUCUCCCGGCCAUUCCAGUCCAUUAUCCACGCCAAGAGGACCUACAGAGAGCUACGUCUACUCAAGCACAUGAAACAUGAGAAUGUGAUUGGCCUUCUAGAUGUCUUCACACCUGCUACUAGUCUGGAGGAGUUCAGUGAUGUGUACCUGGUGACCCACCUGAUGGGGGCGGACCUCAACAACAUAGUCAAGUGUCAGAAACUCACAGACGAUCACGUGCAGUUCCUCAUAUACCAAAUCCUCCGGGGGUUAAAGUAUAUCCACUCAGCAGAUAUCAUUCACAGAGACCUGAAACCCAGCAACCUGGCUGUGAAUGAGGACUGUGAGCUGAAGAUCCUGGACUUUGGGCUGGCGCGGCACACUGACGAUGAGAUGACUGGUUACGUUGCCACACGCUGGUACCGGGCACCAGAGAUCAUGCUGAACUGGAUGCACUACAACAUGACAGUGGACAUUUGGUCUGUGGGAUGCAUCAUGGCUGAACUCCUCACUGGCAGAACACUGUUUCCCGGUACUGACCAUAUAAACCAGCUUCAGCAGAUAAUGCGUCUAACAGGAACGCCCCCAGCCUCUCUAAUAAGCAGGAUGCCCAGCCACGAGGCCAGGAACUACAUCAACUCCUUGCCACAGAUGCCCAAGAGGAAUUUUUCUGACGUGUUCAUCGGAGCCAACCCACAAGCUGUGGACCUGCUGGAGAAGAUGUUGGUUCUGGACACAGAUAAGAGGAUAACGGCUGCCGAGGCUCUGGCCCACCCCUACUUCUCCCAGUACCAUGACCCAGACGACGAGCCUGAGGCUGACCCCUACGACCAGAGCUUUGAGAGCCGCGAGCUGGAGAUCGAGGAAUGGAAACGGCUGACCUAUGAGGCGGUGUGUGAUUUUGAGCCACCUAUCUUUGAUGGAGAUGACAUGGAAUCGUGAUUGGAUGACGUGAUUUCUACAAAGCCCCUCCCCCUCAGCCCCCGCAACUUUAUAUCACUGAGGUUCCCGCUUAUCAUAUGACCUUUUGGGAAAACAAUAUCAUCCGAGUGCCUACAAACGUUUGUCUAUUGUUAGCUAUAUUUCUUAAGCUCGCACUCUCUCUUCUGCCAUUCUGACUCGGUAAUGGGUUGCAAGGGAAAAUAACUCAAAUAGCCUGGUCCCAGAUCUGUGCUGUGGCAUGACAAUGGCCAUGGGAGUUUGCUAUUCAGCACCAACAGGUCUUGGAGCAUGCUAUAACUAAAAUGGAGGAAAGGAGAUAGACAUUUCAAGGACUGAAUAUCUGUAUUUACUACAAUGUAUUUUCAAGGCAGAAACAGAGGCAAGCAAAAACCAACCACUAAUACCAUUAUUUGUCCAUUGCUGGAAAAUACCAAGUUUCUGUUAUUAUUUGGUCUAUAUGUACGUCUCAAAUGGCACUCUAUUCCCUAUUUACAGUAUAGGAAAUUUGGUGCCAUUUAGGAUUAAACUUAUAUUUGAACUACACUGAACAAAAAUAUAAACGCAACAAUUUGAAAGCUUUUACUGAGUUACAGUUCAUAUAAGGACA